AUGAGCAACCUGGACGACCACGCACCACGCUCCCGCCGUGACAAUCGACCAGCACCACCCUAUCCAUAUCCCAGCGACGGCAUGAAUGCCAACGACGACUACGGCUCUGACGUGCGCGGUGGCCGCCCCCACGAAAACAUACCGCCCGCGCCGCCGAUCGGCGACGGACUGAAGCCGGCAAUGAAGCGGGAGGGAAGCCGAACUAGACUGGCGCCUGACACUCGACCUCAAUUCCCAGACGAAGCAUCCAACGCGCCCGACUUGGAGCGCAAGAACCAUCCUCGCGAUCGUCAGYUUCGUGACAUGCGCGACGGGUACGAAAGUGAAGAGGGCGAGGCGCACAAACAUACGAUGGCACCAACCCGCCGGCACACGGACGACGAUCGACCUCGUGGACAAGAUCCCCGGAGCCGUAGGCCGCAUGAUCGCGACCCACCGUAUCCACCCCCUGACGGCGGACGGAGAAGAGGCGGCUACGACGACGACGAGCCACCACGUCCCAGCCGGAAGAAGCGAGAUCCAUACUACGACGAUGAUGCUCGGCCACCACGUCGACGGGGAGACCGGCCGCCGCCAGAUAUAGAGUAUGGCUCUGAUCCAAUUCCGGCCCGGCGAGGCAGUGAGCGUAGACCCCGCAGACGCCAGGAUGACUACUCCGACGAAGAGGAAGACUAUCGGCCGAGGAGACGUCGCAGCGCCGAAGACAGUCGCCGCCCUUUACGGCGCGACGAUGAGCUCGACUAUCACUCAGACAGUCGCCGACGCCGCGAUGACCCAUACGACGACCGUGAUCGACGACGAAGGGAUGAUCGCUCACGGCGUAGGUACGAUUCCGACUCCGAUUACGACAACUACAACAGAAGCGACCGACGAGACAAGGACAGGCGUCGCGGCGAGAAGCAGAGUAAGCCCGUCAUGGUGGGAAAAUUCGAUGUCGGCCCGUGGCUUGAGAAGGGCCAGAAGCACUACGCAACCCUCGCGCCGAUUGUCACUCCGCUGGUCAUUAACAUGGCUCGGAAGUACAUGAGUAGCCAGAGUGGUGGAAGUGGUGGCAGCGGCGGAGGAGGACGGCGUUGA